GAGAGCAAUGCCGCCGACGCCGAUGGUGUGCUCGGAGCACGCGCUCGCAGCGGAGACGGCGGCGAUCGUGUCCGCGCUCACGCACGUCAUCGCCAGCGGACGCGGGCCGCCGCGCCCGGCGCCGGCGCUGGUCAUGCCGUGGCGCGCGGACGGCGCCGCCGCCCAGGCGCAGCAGCAGCUCGCUGGCGAGGCGGUGCCGGCGCGGAAGUACCGGGGCGUGAGGCGGCGGCCGUGGGGGAAGUGGGCGGCGGAGAUCCGGGACCCCCACAAGGCGGCGCGGGUGUGGCUCGGCACGUUCGUCACCGCCGAGGACGCCGCGCGCUCCUACGACGCCGCCGCGCUCCGCUUCCGCGGCAGCCGCGCCAAGCUCAACUUCCCCGAGGACGCCGCCGCACGCCGCGUCAGGGACGCCGAGGCUGCCACCGCCGCGGCGAGCGCGGCGCCGGCCGCGUUGCUGGAGUCGCAGGCCGCCGGCGACGUCAUGGACUACCUGGAGUACACCAGGAUCCUGGAAGGGGCGGAGACGAACGCCAUGAUGGACGGGCUCCUAGGCGGCGACGGCAACGGGCGCUUCCUGGGCUCGUGGAGCAUCGGGACGUCGCCGCCGCCGUCGGGCUCUGGCGCUUCGCCUGCCGGCGCCCCCUCCGCUCCUCUGUUUCGUGGCUGUAAUGGCGGGAAGCAGAGCAGUAAUAGUGCGUUUGGAGAUUAGCUGAAGAUUUCUGUAUUUUUUUCGAGUAUACAAAACAAAUACCAGUAGUAGCGUUUUAGUCUAGGCGAUGCGUAUUUUGUAGCUCAUUCAAGGUUGA